CGCCAAGCAUGUCCUUGGACAACGAGCCUUUUUACCUAAGAUAUUACACCGGGCAUUCAGGCAAGCACGGACACGAGUUCCUCGAAUUCGAGUAUGACAAUGGCCGAUUACGAUACGCCAACAACUCCAACUACCGUAACGACAGUCUUAUCCGAAAAGAGAUGUACAUUUCGCCGCUAGUGAUAAAAGAGUUGAAGCGGAUCGUAGACUCAAGCGAAAUCACGAAGGAAGAUGACACAAAUUGGCCCAAAAAGAACAUUGUAGGGAAGCAAGAGAUGGAAAUAAGAAUUGGGAAUGACCACAUUGCUUUUGAGACCGCUAAAAUUGGGUCACUUGUUGACGUACAGGACAGUGAAGACCCAGAAGGCCUUCGCGUCUUUUAUUAUCUAGUUCAAGACCUCAAGUGCCUCAUUUUCUCCUUGAUCACAAUGCAUUUCAAGAUCAAGCCUAUAUAAUGGCCUGAUCGGCGUGUUAGCUAGUGGAUGUAAUCUUGUACUCACCGAAUUAAUGUGCUCCACCUCACGCACUACGGUAGCUAUUGGCUCUGACGGGAGCUGCUGACCCUUCAGAUGUGCACGCCUAAUUUUUGCAACGACCGUUUCAUAUCUCUAUGAAUAUGAUUCAUUGUCGGAGCACGCAUUUGACUUGCCUGGUUUACUGGUCCUCGUUCCCUGAAAUGUUUUUGCCACGAUCCGCG